UGUUUUAGGUUGCUGAUAGAGAGACUGUGAUGAUGUCAUUCUCCAUGGCCCUGCACCUCACCGCUGCUCUCCAACUCCUGGCGCUGAUGGCCAUAUGUGACGAGGUUACAGCUGAUCGCAUCAACUUCUACAAUGUCAAACCACCUGUGGAAGGUACGUUCUGCUUACUCGUUGACAUUUUUACGUCUUCAACAUUGUUGAAGUAUCCAUCAAAAGAAACGUUUGAACAGGAGCAAUGUGAGUAAAAACAUACAUUGACACACAGUGUGUGAAUGUCUUUACAGCCACUCCAUUCCCUAAGAGCUUCAAGUGCUUCACCUGCGAGCAAGCUGCAGACAACUACAACUGUAACAGCUGGGCUGAGGACAAGUGGUGUCCACAGAGUGAGUAGAACCCUUUGUUGUUUCACACAGAUACUGUCAGAUAUUAGAAUUUUUGUAAGUGUUUCUCAUUGGCAUUACUGAUAGGACUAACCAGUACUUAAUAAUCAUUGUUAUUAUUGCUGUUACACUGUUAUAAUACCUUAUGAUUAUGCUGUUAUAGCCAGUGCUUGACUUAGGAUGAAAGAGGUGCAGUAGCAGUCUUUUUUCAAGUCGGUCCAUUAGACGACGUUCACAGACAUUCCCAAAUGACAUUAUACUAUAGAGACCUCCUGAUUAUUCACUGUUAAGGGUUCAUACACCUUUUGACAGAUGGAAUUUCAUGAAUUCCAUGACUUCUCCGUGACUUUUAACCAAAUUUCCAUGACCAAUAAUUGGUAGCGUCUCUAUGUAGCAGGGUUUCUGUUAGCCGGUAAUAGCCGGCUUUUGGCCAUUAAAAAAAUAGAAAAGCCUAUAAAUAAAAUUGCCUCUAGCCAAUUGUCCGGGGGAAGAACGUUUUUUAAAUUGGCGCGCCUAUAUUUGUUAUGAAUAUUAUUUAUCACACGCACAGCAUACAGAUACAGAGCCUUUUGGCGGGAAAUCUGUCAGACAGAACUUUUAUAAGCCUAAUCAUUGCGCAACAAUUCUAAAUGCAAUCCUGUGUUAAAAGUAGUUUUUGGGCCACGAUUAAAAAUAGCUACUUUUUUUUUCUCAACUGGUAAUUCAAGCACGCUUCACAUUCGCCAUUGAAAUGCAUAGGCAACGGAAGGCAGGCUUCAUCAGGCGUCACACCACUUUGCAAUGAGCUGGAGGCAGUAUGCAUUUUGAAAACAUAUAGCUACCUAAUUGUUUGAAACCUACAUACAUUUUACCUUGCUUCCAAGUAGCCUAGCCAAAAUCCUACCAUAUACAUAGAGGCAAAUAUUUUACAUAGACUUCCAUAUGCCAUGAAACCAGUAGCCUAUUUCUCUCAUGUUCUAUUGGUUUUCAACUUUCUUUCAUUGUCUGUUAGCCAAAUGCACAUUCACGCAUAUUCUACUGCCUUGUGCGCAUUGCUGGGCUAAUAAUGUUAAGAAAUAAUAGUUUAUCAACAUAUUAAGCUAAAUGUUCUGAUCUGCAUCAGAUUCAUUUAUUUAUGCAGCCUACUGGUUGGAUGAAUAUAGGAUCUAUCAUCCCACCAGUGUCCCAGAGUCUGUUUGGGCUAUUUAUUAUAGUAGAUUGACAGCCUAAUCCUGUCUAUACAGAAAGAAAUAAAAUAAUUCUAAAUAGGCUACUAAAGCAUGAUUUGGCCACAGAGGAUCAUUAGCUUCCCCUAGACUUAAAAAAAAGUUGCUGAUUGUUUUAAAUCGCAUUGCCUGCAGUCGGAAGGAAAGGCAGCAUGUACAAUUUGGGCAGCGCACACUGCAAAUACCAAAUAGAUGAUUAUUGAGUUGAGACUGUCAGUGAAAAGUAGAGAGGGCCCAGCCAGGUAUACUGCAAUAUUUCAAAAUUAUAUCGCGGGAAAACAUAGUUUGGAAAGCAAAUGGCUAUUGCUGUAAAGAGAAUACAAUGAAAAUACUCUAAUCUGUCUUUUAGGUAUACAAAUUCUCAACUUAAUUGUGCGAACAACAGUAGGCCUAUAGCAUAUCUUAUUGGCACCAGUGAAGCAUCGGCCAUAUCCCUGGUGAGGGCACACUGCGCACAUUCACUCUUUAUCAUUGUUGGGUCAGUGUCACUUAAAAGUUUGUUUUUGGACAAUAAUUUCCUCCUCCAGUUUAGAUGGACGUCAUAUUCUAUUUGUGUCUCCCCUUCUUGUAGGCCUGUUAUAUGGACAGUGUCAGCAGAGUAGGCUACCCUGUAAUUUGUCAUAUGAAAAAAGAUUAUGAUAAUGUCUCCAGUCAUGAUAAUGUCUCCAGUCAGAUAAAGUAGAAUUGCAUGAAAUGUGUUUUUCCUGUGCAAAGAAAGAAGAAACCUGAUAUAGCCUAUAUCCCAGGCCUCUACACUAUACACGCUCAGCCAUGCAUUGAACUGUCUUUUUUGAGAACAGUGAUUGAGUUAUAUUAUUACCCUAAAUUAUGACUAUCGAAUCUACUCAUCACAUUACAAAUACAUAAGUCUGCAAAUGUGAUGACGCAUGAAAUGCUUUAUUAUAAAGGUGCAUUUUUAUGCAUAGGCUAGUGAUUUUGCUGUUUGUUACUCAUCUUGUUGGCUGAGUAAAAGUAAAUGUGGACAGUUAUUCUAACAUCUUCAAAGUGCAUGGUAAGGACACUGCAUUGCAUCCUCGACUUGCAUGUUCUGAUUUCGGUCAUUCUGAGCACUGUGGGUGGAUGCCCUAAUCAGGUUACGCACCCAACGCAUAUGGGUCUGGUACAUUACUCAAAUGUCCAGUAAAUUAAAAUGCUGCUGGUAAAAUGUCCGGCGCCACAUUUUCAUAACGGAAACCCUGCUAUGUAGCCUACAUGAAAAAGUAAGCAUAAAUGUGGUAUUGACACUAGAACGCUGCUGGUUUCUGAUCCCAUUUGGCCUACUAUCUCCUGCCAUUGAUCAAGCCCAGGUAGCACAUUCCUUGGAAGUUGUGGGAACUUACGUUUUUUGGUUUCCCAUUGGUUCUGGGAAUGAAGCCAUAAGUUUCCUGACCAGUAAAACUGAACGUUUUUAAAUGUUCUGAGAACAGAAAUGAAAAUAUUGCCUGUUCUGGGAACUGUUAUUUUUACGUUGCAGGGAGGGUUCUGAGAAUGUUUUACUCUGGUUCUUUGAAAGUUUUCCUGGGAGGUUUUAUUAACACUGAGAAUGGAAAUUAUAGGUUAUUUUGAGGUUUUUUAAUAACUUCCUUAAAACUUUCACUGAAUGUUUCAAACAGACUUUAAGACUGAUAGCUUAUUUUGGGUUAACGUUUUUGAACACCAAGCACAGAUAGGACACAUGCAAACACAUUUAUUUUUUAUUGUGACACGGCAUCAGUGAGAUUCAAACCUAUAAUCUUCUGUUCUCUAUCCAUGGAAUUAGUCCACUGCGCCACCAGAAUGGAGCUGGUGUGCCACGUUUUUCUUUACACAUACAAUGCUGUUCAUUUUAGUCUAUUCAAACAGACCCCAUUUCAAAGGAAACAAGCACUCAUUUAACAAGAUAGAGGAUAGAGAGAGUUUUGUUGAUGUUGAGAACGGAAUGUAUGUUUUUAAAUAUCAUUCUUAUAACGUUCUCUGAACAUUACUAACGUUUUCUUGUAGUUUUUAUGGAACGUUUUCUUUCUUAACAUGAGAACAUUACUUUAAACAGAACCAUGAGGAAACAUGUAGGAAACGUUAUGCUGAAGUACUGAAAUUCCCACAAUUCCCACAGAAGAACAUUGUUUAUUAACAUUCUCUGAACUAUUUGAGAACAUUCCCAAUGUCAAACCAGUUGGAGAACGUUCCUAGAACGUUAUCAAAAUUGAAGUUAAAUGUAACCAUUUUUUUUACUUUUAGUUAACGUUCUGUUAAUGUAAUGAAAUACCAAGAAAAUAAAGUGUUUUUGUCAAGUUCCUUAAAUGUGCUGAGAAUGUUCCAAAGCCAAGCAGCUAUCUUGCACCAUUCCCAGAAAGUUGUGGGAAGGUUGUAUACAAAAUAACCACAGGACAACCACACUCCCACCAAGCGGCAGGUAGCUUAGCAGUUAAGAGCUUUGGCAAGGUGGAAAAAUCUGCCGUUCUGCCCUUGAGCAAGGCAGUUAACCCACAACAAGAACUGCCCUCCGGGCGCCAAUGACGUGGACAUCGAUUAGGGCAGCCCCCGCACCUCUCUGAUUCAGAGGGGUUGGGUUAAAUGCGGAAGACACAUUUCAGUUGAAUGCAUUCAGUUGUGCAACUGAUUAGGCAUCCCUUUUCCUUAAGAAACAGAUGGUUCUCAGAGUGUUAUGUGCUAGCUGGGAGGCACUUAACCCCCCACAAAGUAGAAUAACUGCACUGUUAAGGCUUCAGCAUGCUUCAGUUCGGCUGGCGGCUAGGCAAACCGAACGAGUGUGUUCGCAUACUCCCUUAAAAGACCUUCGCUUGAAAAACAAGAAAAAGCUACAAUAGUACUGUUUGUCCAUUUUGAGGCGCGGUAGCAAGUUACACUUCCUCAAAAUAGUCAGAAUUAAUCGAAGGUAACUCAAGAAAUCUGUCAUUAAUUCUGACGUUUUUACCGAGGACAUCUUAGUCGUGCAAUUUUACAUCUAACUAAGAUGUUUGGUGCAGUAUUUCUCAAUGAAAAUAUUUGCAUGAAAAUGAGUCAUCUCUCAUUGCAUACUUUAUUGACGAAUCCCUACAGUUGACCAAUCAUGGACGAAGGGCGUAGACUUCGGCUCCCGAACUUCGGCUGGCCUCGAGAAAAAUGUUUGUGUGCCCGAACAGCCGAUAAAAACCUUACCGAAGUCCAAAACGAACAAAAACGUAGCAAAAUGACGACAUAAUAUAUGUACAAACUUUUCCGAACGGUUUCCUCUGGGAAGCAUGAGGACGCCUUUAGGCUACUGUAUAAAACGCAUGUGGUCAACUCUUCAUCUGGAGAGCUACUGGGGCCGUAACAGUACACCUAUUCGUACUGAACCGUUCGGUAUGGGGACCUCGGUUCGGUCCGCACUGUGAACCCGAAUGAAUACAUAAAACAAAUUAAAACACUAGGCAUAUAGGCUGCGUUGUAUGCAAUUGCCGUGUGAGUUAAUCUGAGCUGAAAAAAAACAUUGUAGGCUAUUCCGUUAAAACAACUACAGCCUGUAAUCAAAAUUCAAAUCUUAACUGUCAGAUUUCAAACUAUCCUUUAGUGAGGCACAGCCGGGAACUCUGUAGAUGACGAGUGGUGGGAUCGAUCAACCAGAAUUGGAGGAUCCUCCAUCGUUUAAAUCUCCAGUUUGUGAAAGUUUUGGCUUCAUAGUCGAUUACAACCGCGAUGGACAGAGAGUUGUGGAUAAAAAGUCGUUAGUAGCAGAGUAGCGCUUGUAGCUUGUUGUCGGCCAAUCACAGGUCAUCAAAGCGCCACUACAGUCAUAGAGCCUCUGUGUGUGGCAAAGCAAAUUAGGAAAUCAAUUGAAGAUGGCAUUGAAAUUAUGGAAUUAAAAGUUCAAUGAGAAGUGUAUGCUACAACGAACAAGAGCCAACAGGUAGGCUGCUAUUUAAUAAUAUGAAUGGAGGUGUUGUUAUUUAUAACUGUAGGACAGGAAGAAAGUGCAUGGCAUUAUCUGAUUGUCAUAUUUUGCCGACGAUUGUUAAAUUGUAAAAAAUGCCAAUAAAUAUAUUGUUAAAAAUAAUAAUAAUAAUAAUAAUAAAUACAUUGUCGGAUUUAGGCCUAAAUGCGUAGCCUACUGUUUAAUAGAGGGGAAUCCCAACGGUGUCAAACGUAUUUCUCAACAGUGCUGGUGGAAAGGCAACAAAGAGUCAACGACAUUUAUACUUAAAGCUAAAUAGUUAACUAGUGAGAUAGCUUGUAGUAUGACUAGUUAUGUUUUGAAUAGGCUAUAUAGUUAGUCUAUCAUUAUUUUAUAGGCUACCUGCUGCUGAAAUGUCUCACUCUCUCCUCGGGCAAAUGCACAGCACACACAGAGAAACGCGCUGAAGGGUAUGCCUAAUUCUGAUCAUGGCUGAUAUGUAGAUUUUUAAGUGAUUGAUCAUAUAUUUUAAAAUGAAAACACAAUAUUAAAAUUCCAUGACUUUUCCAGGAUUUUCAUGACGGUACGAACUUGUAACAGCGCAUCCUGCGCAUUCAGGCUGGCGUAUUCUCAAACUCUUAACAUUCUACUGGCAUGUAUACACCGGAUUCACAGACUAGCGGCAAAUAAACUUGAACAAAGCGGAAUCAGGAUAUAAAUGCCCACUCUCCAUUGCUAUUCAAUGCAGAUCCUGCUUUGAUAAACUUUUUUUUGACUCUGUGUGUGAAUCCGGGUGGUGAUAGGCCACUUUGUUUUAUAGCGGAGCCAGAAUGCAGUUCCCCAAAACUUGGAGGUGCCGGUAUGGCCCUCCUGACAGCUCCGGCCCAAGUCAAGCACUGGUUAUAGCCAAUGCAUGACAAAGCCAGCUAACCAGUUGAGUAAUGUAUAUUUCUUUGUCAUCCUUUCCUCAGAUACACAGUUCUGUAUGACAGUGCACCACUUCACCAGUCAUGGCAAGACCAAGUUUGUGACCAAAAAGUGUGCUGCCAGGGAGGUGUGUCACGCUUCAGGCUGUAGACACCACAGGGACACAGGUCACACAGUAAGUCCAUACACCAAAACCCAUCCACAAUCACCCACCAUCAUUUGUCUACUCAGGAAUUUGUAGAAUCAGCUGAAAAUUAUUUUCCAUUACUGCUGCACUUGUGUUUUGAAUUUGUUGUCGCUCACUCCUCGGCUCUCUCUCUCCUCUCCCUCUCGCAGGAGUGUGUGUCGUGCUGUGAGGGUAUGAUCUGCAAUGUGGAGGUCCCCACUAACCACACCAAUGCUGUGUUUGCCAUGAGGCAGCAGGCCUACAGCUCAGCCCCAUCCCAGGCCCCUGUGAGGACAGCGUGGGGCUGCUGCUGGCUGACGUUACUCACCACCCUGGGCCUGGGGUUGACCAGACUGGUCCUACUGUGACACUGCUGUCCCUCAAAGCAGGUCCCUAUAGAGGGGACCAGACUAUACCAGAUGUGUGUUGUUACAAGUGUGGUGGUAAUCUGUGAUAAAGAUGUCUCAUACAGUGGCUUGCGAAAUAUUCACCCCCUUUGGCAUUUUUC